GUGAAAAACUUUUCCACCGAGUUAAAAAACGAACUAAACAGCCCCUAAAACUACAAAGGUUCUAUCCACAAUUGGGCGACCAUAAUAACCUGUGGAUACCCAAGCUUUUCCCUAAAUAUAGUAACCCGUUUCUGUUACCCAACAGACGCAAGCACACAGUUAUUGUUCAAACAAAGAAACCUCAAAACCCCCCGCAACCCCCGCCAAAAAAACGUUUUCAGUUCCUUCCAAGCUAUCCCAACUCUCUUCUUCCCUUCUACUCAUUACCACCUCCACUUUAUAACAUCAAUCAAACCCCCAAAAUCCUAAUCCAAACUACAUCUGAACCCUAAAGAGGCAAUCAAACAAUGGAGAACAAAGCAACAGCCAUAGCCUCAGCCUCAGUAUCGUAUCAUAUGAUCGAAGACGAAGAAGCUCAGCCUCUCCUAGCGAACCGUCAUUCAAACCCACGAAGCGAAGAUCAGAGCACUCUGAUACAGCGAGCCAUCAGCCAAACAUUCAAGAGCACUGCCCAUCUCGCCAAUCUCCUUCCUACAGGCACUGUGCUCUCUUUCCAGCUAUUAUCCCCGAUAUUCACAAACCAAGGCAACUGUCAUCCCGUUAACAAAACCAUGACUUCUUUCCUCGUCGCAUUAUGUGGUCUUUCUUGUUUUCUUCUCAGCUUCACCGAUAGCUUCAGAGAUGACAAAGGAGAGGUUCGUUAUGGCUUGGCAACAUUCAAGGGUUUGUGGGUAAUUGACGGAAGUGCCCCUUUGCCUCCUGAGAAGACGGAAAGUUAUAAGAUGAAGUUUAUUGAUUUUGUUCAUGCCUUUAUGUCGUUGAUGGUCUUUGUUGCUGUUGCUCUGUUUGAUCAGAAUGUUGUGUCAUGCUUUUAUCCUGUUCCUUCCGAGGAUAUGGAGCAGGUUUUGAUGGCGUUGCCGGUUGGGAUCGGGGUUUUGUGUAGCAUGAUGUUUGUGACUUUUCCUACUACUCGCCAUGGUAUUGGUUUUCCUCUUUCACCUCGUUGACGGCUCUGGCAAAUAUCAGAAUGUAUAAAGUGUAAGAUAUGAUAUUCUAAAAAAAUGUAUGAGAGAAAGCAUUCUUGUUGUUUUCUCUGGGGACAAUAACGUAUUAGUGCUCCCAUAUAGUCAACUACAAUUCAGACAAACUUCUAUAUCGUGCUCUUUUAUUUUUGUAACGGGUUAAUCGCAGCUGGAGCUGUGUACUAUCGCCCAAUUGCUGAUAGAUCCCCUGUAGUUCUAUUGCUGCAGAUAGAACCCCUAAGAUAACUUCUUCAAUGCUUUUACCCUCAAAGAAUGAGAAAAUUAUCUUUUGACAGGUAGAAGACGUCCUGAGGGUAAAAGAGAGAAGGGGGAAAAAAUCACUCAGAGGGUCUAUCCACACCUGGGCAAUAAUACAGGCGUUAUAUCCACAAUUAACCCGUUAUAAUAAUAUGGGUAAGGUCUCCUUUUUCCCCUGAAAAGAAAAGG